CGUAUGGAAUUGUUUUUGCGAGAAUCGGGAUACCAGAUCCAGAAUUGUGACGGAAUUUGUGUUUUGAUUUUACGUCUCUCUCUGGACUGAAAAGGAGAAGAUUUAUUGGUUUUGUCGAUAUUCUCAGAUAAAUGCACAACUGUAGCUGCCACUUGUGGUAUAGUCUGAUACUGACUGAGACAUGGCAGAGUCACAGAAUGUCAGUGCCUUGCCCAUGCCGCCCGUGCAGUACAUCAACAAUUACACCGAUGAAAGGGUCAAGAAUGGUUCCGCACCUGCACCCCCAACACAAGUCAGAGACAAUUACAACAUGUUUGGGGCAGCCUUUACACCCAAUGAUGUCAUCAUCAGGUCAUUGGAAUCACAGAAUCUACGACGGCUUCACCCGAAGGUCUUUGAUCACCGGAAGGAACUAAAAAAGAUCAAUCACUCUAUUCUGUUCAACUUCAUAGACUUGCUGGAUGUGAUGGUCGCAGCACCGGGAAGUAAGAAACGAGAGGAGAAGAUUGAUGACAUCAAACUGCUCUUCAUCCACAUGCACCAUCUCAUCAAUGAGUUCCGGCCGCACCAGGCUCGUGAGACACUCCGCGUCAUGAUGGAGGUGCAGAAGAGGCAGCGACUGGAGACGGCCGAACGCUUCCAGAGACAUCUGGAAAAAGUGACAGAGAUUCUGCAGAGCUGCUUUGGCUCGCUACCAGACAACAUGGGACACAUUGACAGUAAGAUUGUCGCAAGGAUGGAGCCUCAGCCUGAGGAAGUGAAAGUGACUGCUGAAGAGGAGACUAAGGAGAAGCAAGAAGAGGUCAAUGGACAGAAGGAGGUUGAGGCCACGUUUUAUCACAAGGACAAGCUGAUGUGCAAUCUUGUGGAUUCAAUAUGAAGGAAUGAUAAUCCGAAAGCCAACCCACCCAGAACUGCACUCUACUGGUUGUUCAGGUUCAAUCCUCUAACUUGUUACCAGUCCCUUUUAUCAGACAUUUGAAUGCGUUGAAGAACAAAAUGGUGCUUGCCAGGGACAAUGUUAAGAACAAUGUGGUACAUGUUGGCCUUGCCUUGGGCGACCACCAGUGAAAUGUCAGGUUGUGAAUUAUUCGUUUCAAAUUUCUGUUUCGCAUUCACAUUCGCAAGGAGUAUGAACCAGAGGUAAUUGCCUGCGCUGCCUCCGUGAAGUACAUGUAUCGGGUCUUGGUAUGACCUAUGUUUGGGCUGUGGCUUAUAGCCAAGGGUUUACUGAUUCACAAUGAACACAUUCCACAUUGUCUUGAAAGAGAACAUUUAAAAAAUAUGGUGCGUUUAAUGAAUGUUUUUUGGUAAAAGCUUCAAAGUUAAGAAACCAAAAGUUCAAAAUGAUGUACCGGUACUUACUUUUAAACAGGGAUCAGUAUUAUAAGCUUUGAGAACAAAAUUUCUUGCAAAAUGGGUAAUAAUGUACUAUGUUUUUUUUCCCAUUUAUCGGUUUUCAUGGGGAUUGAACAAAAGAGAAGCUUAGCAUAGAAAAAAGUUGAUUCUGCUUAAAAGUUCUUGCAAAUACUUGUGGACUUGUGAAAAGCAAUGCAGACCUUUAAAACUUGUGUUCAUCAGUCUGGCCGGCGAGUGAACUCAAAAGGUCUUUAGGCAAAGAUCUUGAGGGUUUUAGAACCAUUCAAUUGUUUAAUUCCUAAUAGGCUAAAUGUAGAUUUAUACAAUACAACUAACUUGUGGAAAAAUCAUUUGAAAAAGGUGGUAAUGUUUUGAGAUAUCGAAAAUCUGGAGCAGUUUUGUUCAUGCAGGAAGAAUAAUUAGUAAUGGACCCUUCCCAUGAAAUAUGCUAAUCACA